AUGGCUGAAGAGAGCCUCCUCGACUCCGACGCUCCAGGUAACAUUCGAUCACCUCUCAUACCACAUACGAAUACCAAGCCUGUUACGAUCACUGCCAAAUCUGCGAAAAAAGUUAGUCGAAAAUCGUCUUUUGCCCGACGACUAGACUCGUCGGAAUCCAUCCCUAGUUCCCACGGGUCCAUAUUUGCUGCUGAAUACGUUUCACCUCAUGCCAGUGAAGACGGCGGAUUCAAGAUUGAGAAAUGGCAGGCCAUUGGCAGCUCUGUUCGACCCUCAACAACUGAAGAGCAGCCACCACCACUUCUGGGCGUCGAUGAGAACUCCGACGUAGGAUUACCUGUUGGGAAUACCCCGAUUCUUUAUGGCCAUGGGACGGCCCUGACCACCAUUAUCGAACAAAAGUCGUCGAUGGCGACUAUCCGCACUAUCAGUACCCCGUCUCCCGUUAGGACCCUCACCCGCCCUCGCUCAACGUCGGACCUAUCGUCGUCUUCAGCCUCAGCAUCCAUACUGAAGCAACCGCCCAAGGCCAGUCCUAUCAGAGGCGAGUUCUCAAUCAGCGGCAUGAUCCAUCGACUUGCUUCAUUUUCGGACGAGGAUGUAGGCACCAUAAAGCUAUCAUGGCCCGAAGGCUACAAUCCAAUCGCAAACAAGCCCAAAUGGGCCGCCAAGUCAAGCAUUGACUGUGGUACUUCUGAAAUGCAGGAGAUUGUAUUCCGUGAAAUUUAUGCUCAGCCUCUUAGCCCUAUUGAGCCUCCUAUUGAGCGCCCAGCAACUCCACCAGGAAUGCCCUCCUGGACCGCAGCACAACAACAGCGACGACCACGCGCUGUGUCAAGCACCCCAGCUCGCACCGGCGGUUUUCAACGAGCCACGGCUCGUGUACAGCUUUUCUUCGGUUACGAGCCGUUGAGCAGAGCUGGCAACCGAGCAUCAGGAUUGGCACAUGGACACGGGCUCUGUGGGCCAUGGGAUAUGGUCCCAUCCCGUAGACGAUGUGUCUCUGUUCCAAAUACCGCUGUUAGUGGUGCUCCACGGUUCAGGCCUCCAAGAAGCGGGCACGGCGUGACUUCGUUGGAACUGCAUCCGUUUGCGCGAGCAGAGGCGCGUCCCACCACGGCCCGCACCCAGGAAGCAACUACCACAGGGAGAAGAAUCAGCUCAGCGCCUAUGACUACAGGCGGUUCAAGGUCUUCAAGACGGUCCAGCGAGCCGGUUCCUGCACGCCCUGUAAAGCCGAAAGGGAAACGAAAGCCAGGGCAAAGAGUCCGCUUUAUAUCAAGCACCGCGGUUGUUGCUACGGCAUCGCAGGCCCAGGCUGACGGGCCAAACACAGAACGACGACGAGCUAUUUUUCCGCAACCGUGCCGUCAUCGCCGUGUCAAGACGUGCGACCUACCGCCACAGGAAAUUACGCCAUCCACGGUUGCGGGUGAGAUUUCGGCGCCACAAACCCUGCCACAUGCUCUGCCAGCGGGUAGCUUGGAGAAUCACCCCGACCACUUGCCUAGUUUGCUGUUAGUCCCAGCUGCCUCAGGUCAAGAGCCUGAUGGAUCGACCGAGCCUUCAUCGGAGCCCUCGCUCAAGUCCAAAAAGGGGGAGUGCUGGAAAUGUCGAGUAAAGACUGCGAUGGCCCAAGUGAAUGAUGUUUUGGAGUCUUGCACCAUGUUGUGCUGCUAG